CCAGAAACGAAGCAGUUGUAUUCUCACAAAACCCCAAAUUCUCAUUCUGCACAACUCUAGCCUUCCUCCCCUCUUCGAAGACGAAGGCGAGAAAGGUAAAUUCGGCUAAAUAACAGAGCAAUGGAAACCGGCAGCGUCAGUAAAGUGGUACCGGAAUCAGUAAUGGAGGCGGUGAAUAGAACUCGUAGCAACAUCGAUGAGGUGCAGGCCAAUUUGGACGAGCUGUUAUCUUGCUAUGACAAAGAAACCCUUGCAACCAUGGAGCCUCUCGAGAGGGCCCGAAUCCACUUAUUGAUUGCCAAAACAACAACUACUCUCUUUGCUUUGAAACUAAGAUGCAGAGGUGUUAAUCCAGAUCAUCAUCCGGUGAAAAAAGAGUUUGAAAGAUUGAGCUUGUACGAAGAGAAACUGCAGAGAUGCGUAGACUUGAGCAAAGCUCCCCUGAGACCCUCAACAACCAUCAACACCCCUGCAGCAGCCAGGUUUAUUGAGCAUUCUCUGCCUGAUCUUUCCUCUGAACAGAAGCAAAGCAUGCGGGAAAUUAGUCGUGGGGAGGGUCGGGGAUUCAAGCAUGUGGACAAAAAUCUCCGCAAGAAGAGAAAAUAUCAGUCAUCCGAGAAGCUAUCUGUUCGUUCUGCUGCUCAGGAGUUUCUUGAGAAAGCAGCACGUGAGCUACUUGGUGAUAAUAAAAAUGGUGUUAAAGGACCUUUACAACCUGCAGAUUCUGAGGAGGAUAUCCUAGUUCUGGACUGAUCCUAUGGUUCCAUUGAUCAUGAGGACCAGCUUCCCAUUGCAUUGAAAUUCAAGGAAGGUCAGACAUAUUUAGUUGAUCGCAGAUGGCGAUUUUCUGGUCGUAUAUUAAAUAUCCGUCGUACUAGCCAGGUGUCUGAUGAGGUUAAAUGAACAAGCCUACUGUGUUUAGCCAUUCGCGUGAAAUUCGUAAGCCAAGUUCAACCUCCAUUCUUUUGUUAGAACAUGCAACUUUUCAGAAUGAAUCAACUUCUAGUUAAAGCUAUGUACUGUAACAUUUUAGCUGGGAAAUUCUGCAAGACUGAAUUUUAAGGCAGGCUUUGGAAUUACUGCCUCUGGAAAUUUUCUCCGCUUAGUUUUUU